GCAAAACAUUCUGCUUACAAUGAUGUGAAAGUCGGAAGCUCUUGCGGAGCAAGUUUGCUGCCCUUCCGAACAACUUGCAAGGGCCCCGUGAACAAGACGAUCGUAAUGGACUUGACCGAAGAUGCGAUGGACAUAGUAGACGAGGCCAUCACAUAUUACCGGGCAAACGUCUUCUUUCGCAACUAUGAGAUUCAGGGUGGAGCGGAUCGUAUCCUGGUCUACCUCACCUUGUACAUAUCUUCCUGCCUCGCAAGGAUCGAGAGAUGCGAAUCUCAGAAGGACGCGGAGAAAGUCUUGCAGGCAUACGCAUGGGAGAGCUUCCCUCUUCCCGGACAGAGCGGGUUUCCUUUCAACGGAUUCUUCACCAAGGCAAACACCAACGAUGAGGCGGAGAUGUUCAAGGCGUACUUCAAGCAGCUCAGGGAGGAGACAGGGAAGAGACUGACAGAGGUUGUCUUUGCUCAUGGAGGAAGGCCGAACAAGUUUUGGGUCUGCUUCUCAAAGAGGAAAUUCAUGAACCUGUCGCUCGAUAGAGCAUGAGCGCAGGCGACGAAAUCUACUGACGGAGUUGAAGGCGACUGGAUAGUGAAGAGAGCAAACAGGGAAAGAGGCAGGGGAGGAAAGUUGAAUUGAGGGAUAAUUUGGGUGGGAGGAGGAGGAGAUUGGGCAUAGAAAUAGGAGAGGAAAAUGCGCGCAGACCUUAUGAUCUGAAAUGGAGUGCAGACAAGUUUCAAAUGAUAGUUUUCGAGUUUUGUAUACAGAUUCAUCCAUCU